AUGGCUGCACGCGCCGUGAAACGGUUCAGGAUUCGGGAGGUCACCACUGCAAAGGCCCCCUCCGUUUUACCCUCCGCUGCGCCAAGUCUCCCGGUACCACAGCUUCAGUCAGUAACGAAGCCUGACAGCGGUGCUGCAACGGAGUCGCAGGACCACACUCAAGUCGAUGUCCCUAUCGCCCCAAAGCACGUUCCUCGACGAACAAAUCCGUUCGUUCCACAACUGAACCCAAAGACGGGGAAAUGGGCUCCUCCGAAGUACUCCUUACGCCAGCAGGCGGAUUUGAUCAAAAAGGCGCGUAAGACGGGGAUGCUGGACUUGCUGCCACCGGGCACGAAGACGAACAAGGCACGGGAACGGUUGGUCGUUGCUCAGGCUGCACAGCCAGUCGUGAAAGCACAGGCCGUUACUGGCGAAACGUCAGCGCCGACGAAUCCGAGGGAUGAAGGAUGGCAACGACCAGUUGAGUGGGUCGGCAAGGUUACAGAGCGCAAGGUCGCUGGUGCGGAGAUUGGGAACAGGUUAUACGCGGGCCGGAAGAGGAUGUUCAAGGGACACAAGUGGGAGCGAGUCGCGGAGAAGAGGGCGAUUCGGAGGAAGAUGUUGUUGCGCGAUAUGCCCAAACGUAUUGCGCGGUACAAGCAAUACUACAGGAGAAGACGUCCAAACCCUCUCAAGCUUACUGGUACACCCAAGAAUGCCAAGCUCCCCUUCUAG